AUGGCAUUCUUGCAGCUUGAAACAUGCACAGAAUACCAAGAGCGCAGAAAAAUCAGAGCAGCUAUUCGAGAACUUCAGAAUUUUAAAACAACGACAAGACACGAUGGAACACAGAGAAUUAGUCGUGAAGGCAUUCUAGAGAGGACUGGACAACAAAAGCAAGGUCAUGUAAGAUCUUAUGUGGAUACAAAGGAACUAAAAAAUGGUGACAAGCUAACGAAGGAUAUGGAAAGGAGACCAGAUAUUCCAAGCAUUAGAGAUGCAAAGCGGGAUAAGGUUUUUCCCAGGCCAUCUGCUGUUUUAUCAAAGCCUCGUGAUUCUGACAAUACAGUGUCUAGAAGCAGAACUAGUGGUGCAUUAGGCACCUCCACGUCAAAGUUAGGUAACUCUAAAAAUGCCUCCAAUUGGACUACCCAUAGUGAUCAACCAAUGGGAUUGAAAUCUGAUAUGACAUCAUCAAGAUCAACGAGAUUGAUUACCUCAAGUCGCCUAGGUUCACGACAUUCUGAUACUACAGUAACUAGGCUCUCAGACGUGUUAAAAACACACGAAAUGGAUCACGACACCUCUAACAUAAAUAGAGAGUCAAAUUACACGAGCUCCAACAAUACCUCCUUGUCUAAUAAUAAAACUACAGUUUCACGCUUGGAAAACAGCCAAAAAAAUGUAACCAAAAUAUCAGAUCCAUACGUUAUGAAAUCAGAGCCAAUAAAAACAGAUCCUAAAGUGUCACGAUCUUCGACCUUGGAUCUGACCUCGAGACGAAAAACAAGUUUGGAUGUGAAAUCUAUGAAUCAAAAAUCAGAUCAAGUUAUAAUUAAAAGACCUUCAGCUGUUGUUCGACCUUUUCAAAGUUCAACACUCAAUUCAUUUCAAAGCUAUUCAUUAUUUGCAGAUUCAAAAAAUCAGGAUAAAAUUUCCGAAAGUGAUUUUGAAUCGUGUUUUAAUCGGAACAACUCUUCUCGCAGGACACUUCCGAUUUCAAACAAAGUUGAGUCACAUCCAUCAAUCGAGAGAAAGGAGCUAAGAUCUAACAUUCGGACAUCACUACCUCUUGUAAGCCUAUCAAGUUAUAGCAGUCCAAAUUUUGACUAUAAACCUAGACCAGAUCGUCGUGUCUCUUUUAAAGAUGAGGCUGGAUUGUUAAGUAUAGAGGAUCCACAAGCACCAAAAUCAGAUCUGAAGACACUGUCGGUUCCUGGAAUACCAAAAGUCACUGGAUCUGACAAUUACAAGGAUUUUACAUCUGAGAAAGAGCUGCAGAAUUUGUUACAAGACAUCAGUGAUUUGAACGAGAGAAAGAAAAUCAGGUUCAGAAUUAAGGAGAUUAGAGAAGGCCAAAUUACAGGUAGAAGUGUAGAGGAGCCUCCUGUAAAUCCUGUGGAAGAAAAACAAGGGCAGUUAACUUGUGUAGAUUAUGAUAAGAUAGAGGAUGAAGAACAACUUAAACAAUUGUUGAAAGAUACGGGUGAUGUUGAUGAAAAACGUAAAAUAAGAAAUUGUAUCAGACAGAUUCGACGUCGAUCAGAACUAGGUAUGUACAGAAAUAUUAAAACAGGGUUUAAUAUAACCAACCGAAUUUUUUAG